GCCGCUCUCCACACGACCACCACCAUCAUGCCCACCUUGACGCCGCGCUGAGCUGCCCCGCAUGCUGCCGCUCAGCUACACGCUCGCCGUCGACGGCGCCAGCCUCGACGUGCGCGAGAUGCGCCCCGGCGACGUCUCGUCGCCCGAGUGCGUGGCCGUCGUGUCGCACCCGUACGGCCCCCUCGGCGGCUCGCAGGGCGACCCGACCGUCGUGCGGCUGGUGCGCGUCUUUCUCGACCUCGGCUGCCGCGUGCUCACGUACGACGCCCGCGGCGUCGGCGCCAGCACGGGGCGCACCAGCUGGACGGCGCGCGUCGAGGCGCACGACUUUCAGGCGGUGGUGGACUAUGCGCUGAGUGGCCAGCGGGGCGCGACGACGGUGUACUGCUGUCGCCGGAGCCGUCUCGUGAGUGGCAGGAGUCAGCUGGCGAGAUGCAACAAGGAGGUGUCGCUGCAAGAAGCGAGAUGCCGUGGCCUCGCCUCCGGACCUGGAGCACUGCACCCUCUGGCUCUGCUGAACCACUCCUUCGCCACGCCUUCGCCACUGCUUCGCCCCCUCCUUCGCCCCUCCUUCGCCACUGCUUCGCCCCUCCUUCGCCACUGCUUCGCCCCUCCUUCGCCCCUCCUUCGCUUCGCCCCUCCUUCGCCCCCUCCUUCGCCCCUCCUUCGCUUCGCCCCUCCUUCGCCCCUCCUUCUCCUUCGCCAUGCCUUCGCCACGCCUUCGCCACUCCUCCGCAGCGCCUCGUUCGCCCGCGUCUCGGCGCCGCACACGGCACGCCACGUGCUCGUCUCCUACCCGCUCGGCGUGCUGUGGGCACUCGCGACGCUGCGUGCGGGCAAGUGCCGCGAGGAGGUGAAGCGUCUGGCCGGCGAGGGUGGCGCGCUGCUGCUCGUGCACGGCACCGCCGAUCAGUUCACCAGUGCUGCGCUGGAGCGACGAGCUGCACGCCGCGCCACACGUCCGCGCAGAGCUCAUCGACGGCGCAGACCACUUCUGGGCGCGCGGACGCGGUGCGGCGGCAGACGGGCUGGCGCGCUUGAUACUCGACUGGGCCAGGGCACAAUGAGAGAAUACGCUGCGACGUGAGAGACCGAUGCGAUGCAUUGCAUGUCCGUCGCGCGCUACACGCCCAGCGCCGUCAGGCGCCUCUCGAUCUCUGGCACCGUCAUGCGUCUUGCCUUGCCCUCCGUGCUGCUCUCGUCCUCCAUGCUGCUCUCGCCCUCCGUGCUGCUCUCGCCCUCCAUGCCGCUCUCGCCCUCCAUGCUGCUCUCUCUGCCCUCCUGCAGCUCGAGUGCCUUGAGCCGCGCCUCG